UUUUUUAUUUUUUAAAACAUUAGUGACAAGGUGAAACUAUAGAUGGAGAAAGAGAGAGCUCAUUUUACUUAUAUAUAAUAUGCUUUGUUACGUCGAUUAACUUGUGCAUUCCUUCUUCUUAUGUUAUUCACUCGUAUAUAUGAUUGUUUGUUAGAUUAACUUGUUCAUUCAUCCUUCUUUUGUUCUCUACAAACAAAAGGAUAAGAAAGCUCGUGAAAUUUUCUUUUGAUAUACAGUCUACCAAUAUUUUCAUUCUUUUUGGGUACGUGCAUGCAGGAAUUUCUGGUGAUCAGAAUAUGGCUGAUCAGGACUUGCCUUCCGUUAUAAACGUAGUUCUUGUAGUCAAGCUUCUAGACCAUGUUGCAGCUAUUCAAAACCAAAACAGUGUGAAAUCGUAUUUUCACCAGACUAAGGAAGAAAAUGAUAAAUUCAUGGAGAAAGAAACGAAGAUCGAAUCUAAUAACCUUGCAGAAGCAGAGUUAAUAGCGAUGAAAGAUAAGUCACGGAUGGAGCAUGAUGAGCAUACCAUGAAACGUGGAGCAUGCGCUAAAACAAAAAGAGGAAACACAUGAACAAGAGAUGAUGAAGCAUUAUGUGAUUGAUGUCUCCGACUCUGCAGCUGCUGAUCAUAAUAAAGUACUAAUAAAAGAUCGACCACAUAGAUUCGGUGUGAUUGUUGCAAACCUUUCAAAUCAUCAUCUACUUCUAUUUUGUGUGUUUUAUUGUUUUUGCUUUUUUUACUUUUGCAUUUUCCCAACUCUAUUGUAAAAUGUUAGUAUCAAGGCUCCAUACAUGUAGCAAUUCUCAUAAAUACAAUAAAUAUGAACAAAA